UGUAUGUGUGUGUGUGUGUGUUGAAAAGCUUUGAGGCUGCACAGCUGCUGUUCAGUCAGCAGCGAGCUACAGGGGACCGCGCAGGCUUGUCUCUACCACGCGCCAUGCCUUCUCCGAUCCCCGUGACGCGCCUGCUUCCCAGAGACAUCUACCCAUCUCUGGACGUCGGGACGUGCAGCAGCCCGCUGACCAAACACCCGCGCUGUGGUUCCACCUUGCAAGUCCCCGCUCGGCGGCUUCACGGCAGAGUCGCCAGCCGGCUCUGGUCCUCCGUGAUCCACUGGAAGGAGCUGCGAUCCGUGCAGCCAGUGGGCUCCGGCGGGUUCGGCUCCGUCUACAAGGCGGAGUACCUCGGGGAGACCGUCGCGCUGAAGAGAGUCAAGAAGUGCGCCAAGAACAAGCUGGCGUCCCGGCAGAGCUUCUGGGCCGAGCUGAACGCGGCACACCUGCGCCACAGGAACAUCGCGCGCGUCAUCGCGGCCACCACCUGCGUGCCGGCGGAUUUUGGAGACGAAAGCAGCAUCGGGACGAUACUGAUGGAGUUCGUUGGGAGCAGGAAUCUGCAACAGAUCAUCUACGGGUGCGCAGAGGCGCUGGGGGAGGACAGGUGGCUCAGGUACUCCGCGGACAUCGUACACGGCCUGCGGUUCCUCCACUCAAACAGCGUCGUGCAUCUGGACAUAAAACCAGCUAACGUGUUGGUGUCCGGCGAGGACGUCUGCAAAAUUGUCGACUUCGGCUGCUCCCUGAAACUUGACCGCGGGUGCGAAGUGAGCGCCGUCGGCCCCCAUCUGAGCCACGUAGGCGGCACGUACACGCACAGAGCCCCCGAGCUGCUGAAGGGCGAGGGGGUGUCUCCUAAAGCGGACAUCUUCUCUUUCGGGAUUACCCUUUGGCAGCUCAUCACCAGGGAGCAGCCCUACACCGGCGACAGGCAGCACGUGCUCUACGCGGUCGUGGCGCACAAUCUGCGGCCGUCUGUUCAGGACCACCCGGCGUUCCAGUCGGAGCAGGGGCGGCUGUGUAGGACUCUGCUAAACCGGUGCUGGAGCGGAGAGGCCCGCUGCAGACCCAGUGCCCAGGAGCUGCUGCCUCACCUGGAGCAGCUACGCUCCCAGACAUGAGUUUUGUUUUGUAGCUGGUUGCACAUGUGCUGGCACCUUUUGGGUUUCAUUGAAUGGACACGUUCUAGGAACGUUUUAUUGGUGCUGACCAGGUAGCGCCAGCCUCACAGGACUAAGCAGUGAGCUGCCCACUUUCUUAUGGCCGCCCUAACACCGAAUCCCGUUCAUAAAGUGUACAAUUAAGUGCCUUCCUGUCUAUCGGCAGAAAACAGAACAGGCUAUGUGCCUCUUGCUAGAUUAUCAUAAAAGUAUGUAGACUGCGUUUCAAUUCGGCUCAUGUAAAGCACACACCAAGCACUACUUGUAAUAAAAAACAGCUGUGAUGGUUUCCCCCAUGUUGCUUAUUGAUGCUGCAUUGAUCCUUUUUUGUUUGCAGUCUUAGCAGUGUGAGGCUUAAUUGGAAGUGGAUUUUGGUGCAGAGUCAUCUGAAACAAUUACUGCUACACCCUAAAAAUCCUUAUCCAUUAUUCACACCUUAAGUUUUAAAGUGUUAGUUGCAUGAAAACAAGUGACAGUCUACCAACAGACUGAUGCACCCUUUCCCCCCAAUGCAGGUGGACUUGUUUGAGUAAUUAGUGUCUUGAGAAAAAGCAAAUCACUCCUGUCAUAGAUCAAUAGAUGUGCCAUUCAGCCCACGGGUGCAAGUUCUUCACUAGCCAAAAGGAAGUCUGACAGUUUGCCAGCACAAUAUUGUCAUUUCAUUAACCCACUCAGGAACAGUCUGUUUGUUACUGUGAAAAUUCUUACUGACUUUGUUUUAGCAGUUUGUUUUCUUAACUUAUGGACUCCCGAUGUGUUUUGAGUUGAGUUUUAUUUGCCAUGAUGAUUGUAAUAUGAGAUUUAAGUGUGAUGGGUUUUCAUUAAAAUUAUUUUAAUACUA